CAGCCGGAGGUCCAGACAAGACCGCAGCCCCAGCGUGGAGAUCAUCUACGAGGGCACCAUCACCGCCGACGGGGCGCAGCCUCCUGCCCACAAACGGCGCCGGAAACGUCAUCGCAAGGCUCAGCAGAGCAGCUCUCCGGUCAUCAUCACCCUGGACAGCGACAGCACCCACGACGACGCCAACAACAAAAAUAGCGGCAGUAUCAGCAGCAGCCCACUCAGCAGCCAGCAAACCGUCGACUUCUCAGACCUUCCUCCGCUUCCAUUGGUGCAUUCGGCCAGUGUGGGCGGCGUUUUGGACGCUGAAAUCGGAGAGCUUCCCGUUGACAUUCUGGACCGAGGAUACGAUGGGUCGGACACAGAGCUGGCGGGCCGUUCCAAGGCAGCUAGACUGAUCGCCAUUGACAACAGCGAUCACGAGGUGGACGUGGAGAACCUGGAUGUUGAUGUAGAAGGACCAAUCAAAGCGACAGAUCCAAAGACACCCAACCCCGACAGUCACAGAAACAUGGGCUCUGUGAGCGUGGGCUCUCGACCAAUGGGAGACCAGGAUGCUGCCCGCGUAAUGACUGAUCUUCUUCAUAAAAAACAUACUGAAGCUUCAACCUCUGACAGCCACCUCUUGGCCUCCAUCCUAAGUGACCUGGACAGGAUCGCUGCACCUAAACGUGAAGCCCCGUUGGACAUUGACGCCAGCUGCUCCCCAGACUCCAAAAAAAGGCGCUACCGAGAUCCGUGUGGCGUUAGUCAGGCUCAUCAACAGCAGGACAGCUGGAAAUCCACUUUCUCUGAGGAGCAGCCAGUCCAGAAUCAGGGCGCUACGUCCAUAAACUCGCCAUCUCAACUCAAGCAAUGGAAGGAGGGGAGGGAUGCCCCUCCGCUCCUCAGACAGGCCAGCCCGGUUCGGUCAUACAACAGGAACACGCCGCCACCACUAAAACACAAAGAUGCUGGGAGUCCACGCCGCUCCCCCAUCUUUAACAAAGACCUCCACUCAGAUCACACCUCUGCCGGACCAAUUCUGCAUAGUUUAAAUCCCACCGACUCCUGUUCGCCCACGAAGCUGCCUGACGACAGCGAGUCCAUCCCGCCCAUUUCUGCACUGAAGAGACAUCUGACCAGCACGUUCGCACUGAGCAGCAAGCCGGCCAACAUGAGCAGCGUUUCAGCUGCUCUCUCUAAAGUCCGAGCACUAACCACUGACUUCGAUCGCUCCGGUCACAAACCUCCUGUCGCUCCCUCUUCCUCUUCUUUUGCGUGUGAUUCGACUCCCACGGCUUCUCGUUAUUACUCCUUAAACUCCUCAGCUUUACAUUCCACCAGGGAGAGCACGAUGGGAAUAUCUUCCAUCCUCUCACCCGUCGAUUUAAAUCCUGUGAAUUCUUCAUCAGACAUUGAUUUCCACUCAGCUGCUGGCUGGUCCAAAGAGAAGCCAGCUCCUGCUCACUCUACCUCCGCCAGCUGCAGGAAUAAGACUCACAACUCCUUCUGGGCAUCACCCAUUGACUUUCAUCGAUUCAGCAGUGCUGCUGGAGGUCCCCCGGCACGUAGCGGCAUGUACUCAGGAGUCAACUCUCACGACACAUCACUUCCCGUUUCUGUUAGUGAUUCCAGGACUCAGAAUGAUGUCUCACCCCCUAACUCCUCCUGUUCCAGUAAUCUGACUCUAAUUGGCUUGACAACAGCUGCCACGCCGUCCACCGUGAACCUGCUUCCAGUUGACUUCCACUCCUCCAGUCCGGCCUCGGGAGGACGGACAGGCGAGGAGACGACGUCGGUGCUGAACUGCGAGGGAAAGCCACUCUCGGUGGGUCUUGUUGCACCUGCUAACUUGCAUUCGUCUUGUUUGAUUGACGGACAUUUGAACCACACAGCCUUCUCCUCCUCCUCUACUCCCUCUGAACACAGCAUUACAUUCAACGCCUCGCACAGAAAGUCCGAACUCGACAUGGACCCGAAUCUUCUCCGGCCCCCCAACCACGUUGAUCCUGAUUCAAAACAUAACCUCCCCCCUGACUCUGAGCCUCCACCACCAAAAUACGCUCAGAGGGACUUUGAGCCCCACACGGACAAUCACAUCAUCUCGGAGUAUAACUCCACUUCUACCACUGACACCCAUCCAUACGAACGCUCCGCCACGUAGGACACGAUGAAACGAGAGAUUUAAAUGUUCGGAAUAAAUGUCAGGGACAAACUGUUGCAUUAUACUUUUAGCAUCAUUUUUCAUGAACCAUUUAUAAACUUGUGUUUAUUUAGAAUUUAACUCGAGUACAAACACAUUCCUAGUGACUGAUUUUCAAAAUAAACUUGUUUUCUGAGGCAGCACCAAUAAACUGAUUGUUUAGACAUGAGCACUGUCAUGUACUUUUGUAUUACUUUUAUUAUUUUAAUCGUUGAGGCAAGCGGGUGAAACCCCCUCCAAACCUCGCUAUCAAUUGGUUGGUUUUUGUUUGUUUUCCCAUGUUCAAACUGCUUAAGAAAAAAAAAAAGUGUAAGGAUGAGUCCAGAGUGAAGCACUCUCAAUCACAUGUAGUCCACAAAACCGGUAGCUCUAGACUAAAAGUAAAAGACAAGGUGUAAACCUGAACAAAACUGGCCUUUUCAGGGGAAUGAUGACUGAAUUUGGUAAUGACACUCGGACACAUGCUUGUGUAAGUGAGUGGAUGUUUGUGCGUUUACAUGUUCUGUGUGCAAAAAAAAAAAAAAUCUGAAUAAAAGUUUGGUUUAAAAAAUCUUUUACAGUAAUGUAAAAAAAAUGCUUUUUUUACUCAAAUGUAUGAGCAAUGUUGGCAGUGGCUUGUAAAACAGAUGGAGAAGUAAUGACUCAUUAAAGCUUUCUGACUCAUCAUAUAUUUGAAUGGAAUUUGGAUUUAUGUACUGGGGUCCAUUGCUAAAAAUACGUGACAUUAGCUUAUCGUGGUAACGGAUCUUUUUUUCUUUUCUUUUUUCAAACCGGUUACACUGGUGUGUUCCUGCAUUGUUUGACAAUGAAAAGUAAAAGAAACACAGACCUCCAAAUCACUAACUUGCCCACUCCAGCUCCUCUCCCACAGGGGAUUUGUAGAAAAGGGCGGCUGCAUUUAUUUUCACAUUAAACAUAAAGUACGAACUUACAUGGAACAAAUUUGACUUAGGAUUUAAAAAAAAAAAACCAAAAAAAAAACCAACAACACGAAAUCUGACAUGCCUGACAAUGAAAGGUAACAAAGACAUGCAAGUCAUUAACUUGCCCACUCCAGCUCCUACAACCAAAUGAGAAGAGGGUUAGCUCAACCCUCCACAACU